AUGGCACGGCUCCUCGCUCUCCACUUGGCUGCUUCUGUGAUUCUCGCGCUGCUCUGCUGCUCGGAAGCGGUGCGCCUGGUGCCGAGUGCCAGCACGGCAACUGCCAGCACGGCAACUGCCAGCAACGUCACUUCCAGCAAGCCCUCUGGGGUCCAGCGGUUUCACAUGUACUUGAUUCUGGGAACUCAAUGGAAAUUGAAGGACAAGCCCAAGCCGGGUGAAGUCAUUGAGUUUGAAAACGCGGGAAUCGUUCCUCGCAAGGACCUGUACGAGUUUCGCUCGAAAGCAGCCUAUGACAAUUGCAACUUCAAGGUUGCGGGAAAGCUGCAUGACUUCUCAACGAUUGGCGCCAUCUACGAGUACACUGUGCCUUACUCGGCCAUCAACGGCCACCUAUACUUUGCCGCCAGCCCUUGGAUGUGCAAGCAUCUCGGCUUGAAAUUCCAGAUCCCUGUGGAGGAGUACUCACCUGGUGGCAGAUAG